UUUGCGUGCAUCACUUUUAUGCCUCCGCUCUAGAAAGUUGCUGAAUGUGAGAUCCGGAGAUGGUUGGUGGCACUCAGCUAGAAAACGCGAACCCGCUGAUCUACCAGCGUAGCGGGGAGCGGCAAGUGACCGCGCAGGAGGAGGACGAGGAGCUGCCGGACAUUAUCGAUGACCGGGAGAUCUUUGAUCUUAUCCGCUCGAUUAAUGACCCAGAACAUCCACUCAGUUUGGAAGAAUUAAAUGUGUUGGAAGAAAUUCGAGUGAAGGUAAAUGACCAGGAGAGCACUGUGUCUGUUGAAUUCACUCCCACCAUCCCCCACUGUAGUAUGGCAACAUUGAUUGGACUGUCCAUUAAAGUAAAAUUGCUUCGGUCUCUACCAGAGAGAUUUAAAGUGGAUGUCCAUAUAACGCCAGGCACGCAUGCAUCUGAACAUGCUGUAAACAAACAACUGGCUGACAAAGAGCGAGUUGCUGCAGCGCUGGAGAAUUCUCAUUUGCUAGAAGUUGUUAACCAAUGUUUGUCUGCACGGUCCUAAACUCAAAAUUAUUUUUUCUCUUGUUGUUUUUAUGGGUACCAAAAACAUUUUGUUUACACGAGCUUGCUGCUAUUAAUACGUAGAUAUGCCUGUUUAGCAUCAGCAAUACAGUAAAAGCCUAAUACCUAAAAACAACCCGUCAGCUUAAUAUUAAUGAUUUACAGCUGAUACUUCUUUCUUGUACCCUUUAAACAAUCCAUGUUAACAUUUGAAUGUAUUCGAGAGAAUAUCUUGCUAAAUGUGCACCUUAGAAUAUGUAAUGUCAUAUUGUGCAUUAUAAGCAUUGUCUUAUAUGUAUAUAACCUUUCAUAAUAAAGUCUUUACAUGUAAAAAAUAUUCCCAUUAAACUCACAGGAUUAUU